UUUUUAAUCUGUGGUUGAUAUAGACAAUUGAUAAUGAUUGAUAAUACCUAAAAUCAAAAUAAUUUAAAUGUUCUAAAAGGUGAACAACAAUAUUACUUAAAUUAUACUUGAAUUUAAAUAAUAGAAAUUAGAAAGUAAGUGUUAUAGUUUUAUCAAGACGAUACAGAUAAUGUUACUUUAUGGUCCAAGAAUCCAAUAGAAUAAAAUUAUUAAAAUGAAAACUAUCGAGGAGCUAGAAAAGGAAAUAAAAGAUGUUGAUAAAGAGUUGAAACUAGUCGAUGCAGAGAUAUUAAAAUUAAAAAAUAAACAGCGUGAGUUACACGAAAAGAAAUCUUCAUUAAAACUAACGAUAAAUAAAAUAAAGUCGGACACAUUAGCGAGUGUCGAUUGGGCAGCAAAAAAGUAUGCGUGGUCCGAGGAUGUUCAAAAGACGCUUAAAGAUGUAUUUAACAUAGACUCAUUUAGACCUAAACAACUAAGUGCCAUUAAUUCAACACUUUGUGGUCAACACGUAAUUGUUGUAAUGCCAACAGGAGCUGGUAAAAGCCUUUGCUAUCAGCUUCCAGCUCUGGUUAAACCUGGUGUCACUCUGGUUAUAUCUCCCCUUAUCUCACUAAUGGAAGACCAGGUGAGGUCUCUGAAAAAUAGAAAUAUUGCAGCAAUGUUAAUGACGAGUAUAAGUCCAAAAGCAGAGACCGCCGCAGCUUUUAAUGUUCUGAAGGACAAUAAAACUCAGAUAAAACUUUUAUAUGUUACCCCUGAAAGACUUGCAAAGAGUAAGAGGUUCAUGUCAAACUUGCAGAAAUGUUAUGCUGAAGGUAGAUUGCAAAGAAUUGCCAUUGAUGAAGUGCACUGUUGUUCGCAGUGGGGACAUGAUUUUAGGCCAGAUUAUAAAUACCUUGGCAUUUUGUCUACUAUGUUCCCUAAAACACCUAUUUUAGGAUUAACGGCAACUGCGACAGCCCAUGUCUUAACAGAUGUGCAAAAGAUACUCAAUAUCCCAGGCUGUUUGGUAAUCAAAUCAACAUUUAACAGACCAAACCUUUAUUACAAAAUUUUAGAAAAACCAACAUCACAAGAAGAUUGCUUGGCUAUACUUGAAAAGCUUUUAAAAUAUAGGUAUAAAGGAGAGAGUGGAAUUAUUUAUACUCAUAGUAUAAAAGAUUCUGAAGACAUUGCUGAGGGGUUGAGAAAAAGAGGCUUGAGAGUGGGUUGUUAUCAUGCAAAUAUGGAAGCAGAUUCAAGAUCGAAAGUUCAUUUAAAAUGGUACGAAAAGACUUAUCAGGCUAUUGUUGCUACUGUGGCUUUUGGUAUGGGUAUUGAUAAACCAGAUGUCCGAUUUGUCAUACAUCAUACAAUUAGUAAAUCAAUGGAGAAUUACUAUCAAGAAAGUGGUAGAGCCGGCCGAGAUGGUAAGAGAGCUGAAUGUGUUACUCUAUACAGAAUGCAGGACUUAUUUAAAGUUAGCACCAUGGUAUUUUCAGCUUUUGGAAGUAUUGACCAUCUUUAUGGCAUGGUCAAAUAUUGUCUCAAUGGUACUUUUUGUAGACGACAACUAAUUGCACAGCAUUUUGACGAAGAUUGGGGUUAUUCAGAUUGUAACAAAAUGUGUGAUGUAUGCUCCCAUCAAAACUCUAGCAUUAGGGAAAUAAGUCUUGAAGGUCAUUGUAGGGUUCUUUCAAGCAUACUAGAUAAUGCUCAAACGCAAGACACAAAACUUACAGCUCAGAAAUUACUGGACGCUUGGUAUUUAAAAGGACCAGUUCCUCUUAGACAUAAAGGCAAGGAACCUAACUUUUCUAGGACAGUGGGUGAAGAUGUAAUAGCAUAUCUCCUUACAGAAGGUUAUCUCAUUGAAGACUUUCAUUUUACGGCUUAUUCUACUAUAUCUUAUAUAAAGAAAGGCCCUAAUAUGGAAGCAGUUGAUGAUGAAAGUUUCACUUUAAAAAUGCCAGUUAGAAAAUAUACAGAGUUCCAUUUAGACAGGCCAGCUCCUAAAGAUUUUUAUCCUAUUGUUAUAAAUGAUGUUAAGGAAUCAAGAAAAAGAAAAUCAAGCACUGAAAUAAAUGGUAAAAAAUCAAAAACUAUUCUAAUUGAUGAUUAAAUUCAUUUAUUAUUUAACUAAUUUGUUUUAGUCAACAACUUUGUUUAAACAUAAUUUCAAAAUGGGAUAUCCAGUAUAACUAAAGAUUUUCUUUUGCUGUAAUUAAUAAUAUAAGUGACAUGUUCUUGUUAAUUAAUCAUACACGUCGUCGCGGGGAAUAUUGUAAUGGUGACAACUUUUCAUAUUCAGCUACAUUUUCUUCAAAUUUACCUGAUAAUUUGCUAACUUUCUUUUGUUUUUGCUUCCUGUGCAUAUUGUUAGAAUCAUUAGAAAUUUCUGCAAUUAAAAUUGUAAUAAAAUAUUGUGCAGUCAAAA